UGACGUUUGCGACUUAAUGACAGUGACAGUGACAACUUCAGGAAAAUUAUUGAGGUUUAAAGAAGUUUAAAGUGAUAUUUUAAAGCGAAAAUUAAUCGUCAUGGUAGAUAAAUUGGUUAACAGUGAAGCCAAUGCAAGGCGUAUUGCUAUGGUAGAAAGUUGUUUUGGCAGCUCAGGACAGCCUCUUGCUGUUCCUGGACGUGUACUAGUUGGGGAAGGUGUUCUAACAAAAAUGUGUCGAAAGAAACCAAAAACCCGACAGUUUUAUCUGUUUAACGAUAUCUUGGUGUAUGGCAACAUAAUAAUCAACAAGAAAAAGUACAACAAACAGCAUAUCAUUCCUUUGGAAGAAGUGAAGUUAGAAAGUUUAGAAGAAGAUGCUCAAUACAAAAAUGGUUGGUUAAUACGGACAGCUUCGAAGUCCUUUGCAGUCUAUGCGGCAACAUCGCACGAAAAAAAAGAGUGGAUGGCUCACAUAAACAAAUGCAUAGAUGAUCUGCUCAGAAAAAGUGGUAAAAAGGCAGUGGCGGAACACGCAGCCGUAUGGGUACCGGAUGUAGAAGCCCCGGUCUGUAUGCACUGCAAAAAGACUCAGUUCACCCUAAUCAACAGAAGGCACCAUUGUCGCAAAUGCGGCUCAGUGGUGUGCGGUCCCUGUUCCAACAAGCGAUUUUUGCUGCCCAAUCAGAGCUCAAAGCCUCUGAGGGUGUGUUUGCAGUGUUACGAAGUCCUGACAUCGGUCAGAUCAAACAAUUCGAAUGAUGCUCACAAAAUAAACAGUCAAGAUUCUUCUGGUGAAGAAGACUCAGAUGAUGAUGAUGAGACACAGAAAGGCCAGCCAGAAACGCAUGAUCUGUUCAAGAGCCAUUGCUUGGGGUAUACUUGCUGACAUUACAUCUCCUACCUUCUACGGGGACAAUGAGAAAACAGAAUAACGUCGAGAAUGACAGCUGUCAUAGAAAAAAAACAGCAUUUCCGGGGGAAGUACCAAGUACCAGGAUGGUUAGAAAAUAUCAGAUAUAUUUUAUACAUAGUUAAACAAAUAUAGAUAUAUUUUUAAUAUGGAAUUACUUUCCAGUAAUUAUAAUUAAACAAAAAAAAACGCAAGCCUAUAUAGUUAGAUUUUUUCAAAUAUUCCUAGUAGAUUUUGGUCUCAAACUGAAUUCAAAUUACAUAAAAAUAAUACACACAGGGUGUUGAAAAAAAAAGAAAAAAUAUAUAUUUUUCAUUAUAUUGAAUUUUUAUGUAUCCGCACUGUAUAUAACGUUAACUCUAUCCAAAUAUUCAGUUUUCAAAUCUUUGUGAUGAUGGAUUAUUAUACGGGGUGUGAAUAAAUAACUGAGAAAAAAAUCACUUAAUUCGUUUUUACCCUGUAUAUAUAAAGGAAAAUCUGUGCCUUAAAUAUUUUUAACGACUAUUGUAUAGACGAAAAAUACCUAUACUUGUUUUUUUUUACUGUAAAAAAUAAUAAUUAAAUUGUUAUAAAUAAUUUCUAACAGAGUAUUCACAUUUGAAUUCAGUUUUAGUACAGGGUAUUCGGUAAAUGCACGUACAAAUGUGAAUACGAAAAUAUGAAAGUAAGUUCCUAUAAACACGAGUUCGGAAACGCAUAGUUUUAAAUAUACAGGGUGUUAGAACUUUUAAAAAAUAUUUUUUUUUGUAAUUAAAGCUUAAUUUUUAAAAAAUACCAUUAUUAUUUUUUUUUUACUUUUCUGUAGGUAGGUACCACUGAACAUUAAUGCUUCUUUUUAAAGAUUUAACAUCCUGUAUGUUUAAAACUUCACAUUUCAGGACACAUGUUUACAGAAAUGAAAAUUAACCCCCUAAAAUUAGGCCGUGUAUUUUUCGACUACCCUGUAGAACUUAAAAAAAAGAUUCAGUACUUUUUCACACAUUUUUAUAUACUGGGUUGCACCACCCGGUAUAAUUUGGGACUCUAAUUUUAUUUUUUUUCCUGUUGUGAACUGAAUUAAAUAUUCUUAUAACUUUUUUUAUAGUUUUUAGCGGUGUAAUAUAUCAAUUAUUUUAGACCAAAAUUUUUAUCAAUUAAUAUAUUAAAAAAGUCAAACCCUUUCAUAGAUUAUUUUGACUUUUUAUUUAAAAAAAAACAUGGUUUAAGUAGGGGUGCUAAAAAAUUCUGUAGAUUUUUUAAAAAAAGCUGUAUAUAUUUAUAUUAUUACUAUUAAUAAAAAUUCUAUUUAUUAUAUCAUUUAUUAAUCUUAAUAUCUUUAGUAUUAAUCUGAACUGAAGAAAUGUAAUUUUAAUUAUUAUUAUCUGUAUAUUUUGUUUGAUAUUAUACUCUCUUUCUUUCAAGCAGUGACAAUUUUUAAUAAAAUUGUGUUAAAUU